AGGUCUCGGGCCCUUAGGCGGAACGACAGGUCUCAGGCCCCCAGGCGGGGCGGCGGGCACCGAGUCACCAGGCACAACCGUGGGCUCCGAGUCAACUGGGAUGACCGCUGGCACUGGGUCAGACAUUGGAUCGUCUGGCUGGACAGCGGGCAUCGGGUCACCAGGCAUCAGGUCAUUUGGCUCGACAGCGGGCACCGCGUCAUCUGGCAAGGCAGUGGGCUCCGAGUCAACAGGCACGACAGUGAGCACCGGGUCAUUUGGCUCGACAGCGGGCACCGGAUCAGGUACCGGAUCAUCUGGAUCAACAGCGGGCAUCGAGUCAACUGGCCUAAUAGGAUCGUCAGGCUGGAUCAGUUCAUCAUGCUGGGUAGAGGCAUCAGGCUGAAUGCCGGCGUCGGCCGAGUAGAGGCUUCAGGCCGAGUAGAGGCUUCAGGCCGAGUAGAGGCUUCAGGCCGAGUAGAGGCAUCAGGCCGAGUAGAGGCUUCAGGCCGAGUAGAGGCUUCAGGCCGAGUAGAGGCAUCAGGCCGAGUAGAGGCU